AGUCUGACAUCCGUCUCUGUCAAUUACGCCAACUGUAAUAGCGGCAACUGUAAAGACCACCAACGAUAAAAACUCCUACCAAAUUAAACCAACAUUUAAUUACGUUAGCUCCCUGUUUUCUCAACUAAAAUGUAUCCCUCAUUUAAGACUUUCAACAAACAUACUAAGAGCAUCUACACCUCUCUCCAUUAUUACCACAGCUCUUCCUGUUCUCUACUCCGCGAUCAGUAUCCUUAUCUAUUCUUCACGCGUUUUAAAGCUCCCCCUAAUUCUUCUUUCUCUCUUUCGUCUCUUGGUUUUGCCUCUAGCUUCUCUUGUUCUCGUUUUUACUCUUCACAAGAUUGUCGCACAUUUAUGGAGGUGGUCAGAUCAGUUUAUAAACAGGGAAGUGCAGCUGCAGAUAGCAUUGCUAUUAGAGCUGAUCAAAAGAGUUACACUUAUGCACAACUUAUAUCAUCUGCAUGGAAUGUAUCUAAUUUGUUGUGUAAUGCUGGAUUAAAGACUGCUGAUGGUGUAGGAGAAAAUGGGCAACUUGGUGGAGCUCGAAUAGGAAUUGUGGCUAAACCUUCAGCUGAAUUUGUUGCUGGAGUAUUAGCAACUUGGUUUAGUGGAGGUGUUGCAGUUCCCCUCGCACUUAGCUACCCUGAGACUGAGCUCUUGCAUGUGAUGAAUGAUUCAGAAAUAUCUAUGGUACUGAGUACUGAAGAUUAUUGUGAGUUGAUGCAAAAUGUUGCUGCUAAAAGUGCUGCUCAAUUUUCCAUCAUUCCAUCUGUUGCCAGUUUUCCUUCACAGACAAGUGCACAUUGUCAUUCACAAAUUGGAGCAGUGGAUGCAGAUAGAGGUGAAGAUCCUGCCCUGAUUGUCUAUACAAGUGGCACAACAGGUAAACCUAAAGGUGCUGUUCAUACUCACAAAAGUAUCUUUGCGCAGGUUCAAACCUUGGCAGAAGCUUGGGAGUAUACAUCUACUGAUCAGUUUCUCCAUUGUCUACCACUGCAUCACGUUCAUGGACUUUUCAAUGCUCUAUUUGCCCCUAUUUAUGCAGGUUCUACGGUUGAGUUUAUGCCAAAAUUUAGUGUGAGGGGAAUCUGGCAAAGAUGGCAGGAAUCAUAUCCAUUAAAUGGGAAUAAGGCGGGCGAUGCUAUAACAGUGUUUACAGGAGUUCCAACCAUGUACACUCGAUUGAUACAAGGUUAUGAAGCAAUGAACCCAGAGCUUCAAGCAGCCUCUGCCUCUGCUGCAAAACAACUUCGGCUAAUGAUGUGUGGCUCCUCGGCACUUCCUCUUCCUGUCAUGGAACGGUGGGAAGCCAUCACUGGACACCGUCUUCUGGAAAGAUAUGGCAUGACUGAGUUUGUCAUGGCAAUAUCGAAUCCCUUCAGAGGUGAACGGAAGGCAGGCACCGUUGGCAAACCAUUUCCUGGAGUGCAGGUGAAGAUUGUACAAGAUGACAGUGAAAAUGAUACAACUGGGGUGGGUGAACUGUGUGUCAAAAGCCCUUCAUUGUUCAAGGAGUAUUGGAAACUUCCUAAGGUAACCAAUGAAUCAUUUACUGAUGACGGCUUCUUCAAGACCGGGGAUGCUGGUAAAAUAGAUGAAGAUGGAUACUACGUCAUUUUGGGACGUACAAGUGCUGAUAUUAUGAAAGUUGGAGGAUAUAAAUUAUCAGCAUUAGAAAUUGAAUCGACUCUUUUGGAGCACCCAGCUGUUGCAGAAUGCUGCGUUUUGGGUUUGCCGGACAAAGAUUACGGAGAUGCUGUGAGUGCAAUUGUAGUGCUAGAAGAAGCAGCAAAGAGAAUUAGAGAGGAACAGUCGAGGCCCCCUCUAAGCUUGGAAGAACUCUGUGACUGGGCUAAAGACAAACUUGCACCAUACAAGCUUCCUAGUCGAUUGUUCUUGUGGGACUCGCUGCCUCGUAAUGCUAUGGGAAAGGUGAACAAGAAAGAGCUCAAAAAAGUGCUGGCUGCUGAACAGUAAAUUUAUUUGGUCAAAGGCAACGCCUUGAUAUAUGGUGCUUUCUAGUUUGAAGCAGAACUGGGGAAGUCCUUAGCUUUUAUCAUUUUUCCCUCAGGAAUGCUGGGAUAUACUACAGAAACACAUAUGAAACUUGGAGAGUAUCAGAGAGUUAGUUUAGCCUGAUAUCAACUAGUUUCCAGUCUUUAUGAGAGGAUAUAAUUAUUUAAUUUCUUUGUGGUUUAUCCAAGUGAUUGGAUGUAUGCCACUAUAUCCCAGUUAGAUAUGUUAGAAUUCAAAUGGGUCAAGCCUCUACUUGAUUGACUUGUAAAUCUCAAGUUAUUGCGAGCAGCUUACGAAUAUGCAAUAAGAAAAGACAAAAAUUAAAUAAUACAAUCUGAUUACUAUUUUGUUGUA